AUGGCCACGUGGAGGGACAGAUACAAUUGCAAUUGCGAGCCAGGAUAUUUUGGAACAAAGUGUGAGAGUGAUCUCAUAACAAUCUCCAUAGCAAAAGGAAAAAGAAGUUUGAAAAGAGGAGAAAGCAUCGAUGUUCAACUCAAAAUUACAUCAUAUGAUGGAAACGUUAAUGUUGACGUUAGAAAUCAGAAUAACGUGAAAAUUAAAUCCGUUACGACCAGCAAUAUCAGUAGCAGCAAUCCUUCAACUACGUUGACAAUCAACAUUGGUCCCAUAGAUGUUUCGUCGACAACUAUUUCGUACAAGUUUGAAGCUGGUCCUCAGGGAAACAAUCCGUCUUACUCAAGAAUGGUUACUUUGACGUUGGUAGUUAUUGAUCUCAUAACAAUCUCCAUAGCAAAAGGAAAAAGAAGUUUGAAAAGAGGAGAAAGCAUCGAUGUUCAACUCAAAAUUACAUCAUAUGAUGGAAACGUUAUUGUUGAUAUAAUAAAUCAAGAUAACGUGAAAAUUAAAUCCGUUACGACCAGCAAUAUCAGUAGCAGCAAUCCUUCAACUACGUUGACAAUCAACAUUGGUCCCAUAGAUGUUUCGUCGACAACUAUUUCGUACAAGUUUGAAGCUGGUCCUCAGGGAAACAAUUCGUCUUACUCAAGAAUGGUUACUUUGACGUUGGUAGUUAUUGAUGCCUGCGAAUUAUCACCUUGUAAAAAUAGGGCCACUUGUCAAUAUUCGACUGCAGGGCCAUAUUACAAUUGCACUUGCCAGCCAGAAUACAAUGGAACUACUUGUGAAGAACUAAAGUAUACGUUAAAUGGAAACUGCAAAUAUCAUGUCAACUAUUACUAUCAGAAAACAUUCAGUGAAGCGAAUACAACUUGCAAUAGUCUUGGAGGAACAGUAGCGAUGAUGAAAACAGAUGCAAUACAAGAUUUUGUUGAAAGUCAAAUAAUAGCUCAAUAUGGUGAUAGAGAUGACACAAUUUCAUUCUGGAUUGGAGCUCACAAAUCAAAUACUAAUUGGUUGUGGGUUGACGAUACGCCAAUAACCAAUGGGAAGUGGGCGUGGACUGCCGUAAGCAAUGGGGAUGGAUAUUUGUUUAUGAGUUCUUAUGCGACAAAAAGAAGUAAUAUGAAAUGGGUCAACAAUGACGGCGCAACAACCCGAGGAUAUGUUUGCGAGGUUCCAACUGUUGACUUAUGCUCUUCAAAUCCUUGUCUUUUUCGGGGGAAAUGCUCAAGUAUCGGUUGCCAAAUAACGUGUAAAUGUUUGAAUGGUUUUACGGGAAACAAUUGUGAGACAACCCCUAUUUCGAUCUCUUCUACAAUAGUAAAUUACACGACGUAUAUGGGGGAAUCCAUCACAGUAACGCUGAACAUUCAAAGUAAUCAUGGCCCAGUAAGAUUACAGGCCUUCAGAAAUUCAAAUUUUAACAAUGUGAUUUUUACAAAACGAAAUAUCAUAUCAAAUGUUGAAAUACAGCUUGGGUCUUUUUUACAUCAUAACACAACGAUAUAUACAUUCCGCGUGGAUCCAGAGUUCAAUCUUGAUGAAUAUUACAUAUCAACUGCGAUAACUGUUGUUGUUGAAGCUCCCGAUGUUGUACUUGCACCCACGAUCGUGAAAUCAAAUAAGACCGGAGAUGUCGGCAUCCUAAUACCAUUCCCAGAAGAACGUAAUGGACCAAUCAGUUGUUUAUUUCUCAUUCUUGUCUACAAACCUAACAACACUUCAAAUCAAUGGAUUAAAACACUUGAUGAUCUUGCCAAUCUAUCCAAAACGAGUGUAAAAGAAAAUGAAGCCUAUAUAGCAUUUGCAAUGUCAAGAUUAGAUAUUUCCGAUGCGCAAAAUCGCACGAUUUUGAAAAAUCUAGGAGAUGACACUGUAUCUUCGUGUAUUGUUAAUGCUAACAUAAAUGCGGUUCCAACAAUGAGAGAAACAAUCACCAUCGUUGAAAUGAAAGGAUAUAAUUUGAAGAUAGCAGAUGGUGCAGAAUACAGAAAGAUGAGCAAAAACGAAGAUAGAAAAUCUGUCACAAUACCACGAUCUAAAGAAGCUCCCACCAUUAGCCCGUAUGAAACCACAGUUAUAUCGAAUAACGUGGCAUCAUCAUCACGUUCUGAACAAAUUCAACCUGAGUCCCCGUACACCUACGAUAACGAUGCCACUCAUUACGAAGCACCAAUGUCGACAAUCGAAAAAGAUGAAAACAGCAAGAAAACAUAUGAAAAUAUUAAUCCCUAUGAGAAUUGUGAUAUCAAGACAGAUUCGGAUGCCACUAAGUACGAGGAAGUAAAGCCGAAACGUUGA